AUGGAGGCUACGCAAAUCACCACGACGUCCAGGAAGCGGGAGUCGAUGUUUGUGAAUUUCAGUACGCCGCAGCGGACGAAGAGCAAGAAGAGUAUACAGAGAUUGGCUCCGAAGAGGAAGCAGGAAGAUGGAGAAGAUGAUGGACAAGUCAGGUGAGUGAAGCUUUUCCACCCCUCGGACAGUGUCGGAGCAUUCGGGACAGGGAUCUUGGUUGUUUCGGCUUGUUCGGGAGCACGUGAUGAUGUCGUUGUUGCUGCUGUCGAACCACCACAGCACGGAACGCAAUGUUUCUCGUCUCCGACUAACAACCGCAUUCUCAGAGUCGUAAAGGCGAAAUUCGUGCAGCUCCACGUCACCAGUGACGACUUCCACCUCCCGCCCGGCACGAGCAAUGAACUGCAGACGCCCGUGAUCCCCCCACGGACGACUUCUCUGCAUCGCAAGACGAGCACUUGGCCGACGGAUCGAAGAGCGGGAACUUUCCAGUCCGAGGCACCUCCUCUGCCCGCGUGGACGCCAUGGGAGCUGGAAAGAGAAAGACCGGGCUCGCGGUGGGCGAGGAUAGCGGAUAGGACGAGGAAUUCUCCGCCGAGAGCGUUUGUCCAGCUUCCGCGGGAGAUAUACCAGUGCAUUGUCGAACAUGUCCAAGAUGUUCACACGGCAUCGGACGGUGUGGACGUUAAGGGCCUGCAGGACGAUCUGAGAUCGCUGUGUCUGGUGGACAAGAAGUGGCAUCGCAUUGCAAGGGAUUAUCUGUAUCAAGAGCUGUGGCUUCCGAGCAACAAGGCGCCGAAGAAGAGGUUCUUCUCGAGGAAACGGAAGCCGAGUCGGUUACGCUUGCUGCUGGACGUGUUCAGCAAGACUCCUGAUCUGGCAUCUGCGGUACGUCGGAUGCACAUUGGGACUGAGCUCGCUAGCCAGCUUCGGCGUGACAUGCUCAGCAAGACGCCUCGAAAGGGCUCUGCUCUGGCGAUUCUGAAAGAGCUGGUUCUACAAAGUCCCAGCCUGGAGCACUUGACGGGGUGCGCACUGCCUGCCGUACCCUCCACAAUACCGCUGCUGGAUGCUCUAGCUUCACGCACGCAGCUGAGGUCUCAUGCGUGGAAUCUGAGCUCGCGAGAUUCCAUACUACUCAGCGUCGGAGACUUCGUAUACUGCCACGAUGCAUGGACGAAUCUGGAUACACUUGUAGUGGCGACAGACCCAGGCGUCGAUCUUGGACAAGUGUCCAUAUCUGCAGUCCUUUCCCGCCUGCCGUCUCUGAAACAUCUGAUGCUCUCCGGACUGCAUUCGUCUGAUUUUAACGACAGAGCACUCAUGUCACUACCAGCGCUACGGUCUUUGCGCCUGGAGGAUAUGGGUGGGCUUACGGACCAAGGCAUCGAGCAGCUGGCCUUCUCGAGGCUGGCCAUCUCGCUCCGCAGACUGACACUAGCAGGACUGGGGUUGGUAUCACUUCAAACGCUUCAGACACUGCUCGCUCAUCUCACUCGGCUGAAGCGUUUCCGCUUCAUCCAGGAAACUUCUCCAGGAUCACAGUCAAGUGUUGGGCCCACGACAGGGCCGCAAACUCUCCAUUCUCAAAGCCUGGAAUACCUUCAUUGGGACUGCUUAGUGCCGGGAGCUGCAGUAUCUCAACUCGCCGACGCUAUCGAGAACGGGAGAUUCCCCCAUCUGAAGAAAGCCAAGGUACCGUGCGACCACGAAGGCGCCAUCCAAGGCCUCUGUCGACCUAUUCCUCGGGUGAGAAUGACGGAGCAGGACCUUCAAUAUCUUAAACAACAUCAGGGCGAGCGUGACCUGCGCGUCGCGCAAAUCCAAGCUCAGUUGCGCGUGAGGGAGAGCAGGCAGCGACCGUCCGUCCAAGUCCUCAUUCAGGACGAGAUGGAGGUCCGAAAGACAGGUUUUAUCGGCUCCUACCUUGGCAGGAUGGAAUCCAAGAUUGAAUACUGCUUGGAACCUGACGUUGGAAGCGAGCAUGCUUUGUGCCGAUUCGAAGAUUUCGCUGUCGCACGAAGAGGAGAUGGUUCGAGACUUGAGCAGUGUAUGGAUGCAGCUGCGUUAUUCUAG